AUGGCAGCUCCAUGCGGGCGCCCUGUGCACAUGUUCCUGCUCGCCGGGCAGAGCAACAUGUCGGGGCGCGGGGAACUGCCAGAUGUCCCGGAGGAGAAAGACGAGAGAUUGCUGGUUUUGGGUUCCGAUGGCACAUGGAAGACAGCUCAGCACCCGUUGCAUUAUGACAAGCCGGAGAAGGCUGGGGUUGGACCUGGACUGGCCUUCGCAAGGGGAGUUGUGGAUUUCCUGCCUGCACCCGUGGGACUGCUUCCCUGUGCAUUCGGCGGCAGCGAAAUCCGGCGCUGGCUGGCAGAUGGAGACUUAUUCAAGGCCGCCGUGGCCAAAGUGGAGCGGGGUCGGGCUCUUGGAGGCGUCCUGCGAGGCAUCAUCUGGCACCAGGGCGAGUCCAACUCCUCCAGUCAGGAGGAUGCUUCUCAGUAUGCCCAGCGCUUGAGGGAGGCUCUGAGGCAGCUGCGCCUGGCAUGUGGCUGCGCCGAUAUUCCCAUCAUCCUCGGGGAGUUGGGUCUGGAAUUUCUGGCAGGGGACUCCUUCGCCUUUGUGGAAGUCGUGAACGAGGCCAUCAUCGAGAUCGGCGACGGAGAGCCAAACACAUCUCUGGUAUCCAGCGCAGGCCUUCGGCACAAGGGCGACCGUCUCCAUUUCUGUUCCAGCUCGGCGGAUGAGUUGGGUCGACGCUACGCUUGGCGCUGGCUGGAGAUGACAGGACAUGUGAAUCUUUCGCUGCGAACACUGGUCGGCAGCACCUUAGACCCGCGGCUGGCUGGUCGACCGGAUGCAAGUUCCCCACAGCUUCAAGUGGUGCAAGGAUACGGCACGCAGAAACUGGAGGCUCCUGUGCUGGACUGA